GCGGGACCGGGAGGGACGGGACCGGACCGGACCGCGAUGGAGAAGCCCCGGCGGGCGGUGGUGGUGACCGGGUUUGGACCAUUUGGGGAACACGCGGUGAACGCCAGCUGGAUCGCAGUCCAGGAGCUGGAGAAGCUGGGACUGGGAGAUGAUGUUGAUCUGCACGUCUACGAGGUCCCAGUUGAAUACCAGACAGUACAAAGACUCAUUCCUGCCUUGUGGAAAAAACACAGCCCAGAACUGGUGGUGCACGUCGGGGUUUCGGGUAUGGCCACGACUGUGACUCUGGAGAAGUGUGGCCAUAAUGUGGGCUACAAGGGUUUGGACAACUGCAGGUUCUGCCCUGGCUCUCAGUGUUGUGUUGAAGGUGGCCCUGAGUGCAUUGAUUCCAUCAUUGACAUGGACACAGUUUGCAAGAGAGUCUCAGCUCUGGGCUUGGAUGUCACCGUCACCAUAUCCAAGGAUGCUGGAAGAUACCUCUGUGACUUCACUUACUACACCUCCUUGUACCAGAGCAGGGGGAGAUCAGCUUUUAUCCAUGUGCCUCCUCUGGGAAAACCCUACACAGCAGAACAGCUGGGCCGGGCCCUCCAGGCUAUUAUUGAGGAAAUGCUGGAGGUUUUGGAGCAUUCUGAAGACAAAAUUAAUUGUCAGCAUGAACAUUGAAAGUGGGCAGAAGCUCUCCUGUUAUUAGUAUUGCACUUCCCAAAGUUGCCCUGCUACCCAAGUACUGGUUGUGGGGGGAACAAAUGGGUCUGAAACUUCCAGACCCAGAAUUGGAGACUUCAAAAAAAACCCCAAACAAACAAAAAAGAGGAAAAUUUCCAAUAGAAAAUCACUUUUUUUUUUUUUUUUUUUUUUGGCCAACAUCUGAAUUUCAGCCCAGGCAACCAAGGAUCCAAACUCUCUUCUGUGAAACCCCUGCACCUCCUGGUUUCUGCAGUGCCUGACAUGUGUGCUGUGCUUUACUCAGAGCUUACAACCAGGUUACUACAGGUGGAAAGUCUGAACUUGGUGUUCAGGUGUUGGGAGUUGCUCUCCCAGCCUUCUCAUGACUCUUUUUUAAGUGGAAAGCUUUGCUUUCAGUUUUUGUGGGGUUUUCUUUUGGUUUUUUGGGGGUUUUUUUUGGCCCUAACUGGAGGUUAUUGCAGCAGGGAACUGGAGUGGCCUGGGUUUGUCUGCAGAAAGCAGAGACAAAGAGGCUUCAAAAUCACUUGGCUGCAAGAGAGAAAGACUUUUAGGCUCUGAUUUUCACCCCACAGUGUCCAGAUAUUUGUAGGGUCUUCUGUAAGGUGCUGCUUAACUGCAGGUAGAAAGGAUGUGGUUUGGGUUCCUUUUGGUGUAGAGCAGGAGAUAAUUUGGGUUUGUUUUUUUUUUUUUUUAAUGAGCCUCACAACUAUUUCCAGAUGUUUGUUUUUUUAAUUAUUCUUAUUUCCACCCUCUGAUGCCACCUUCCUCCCUCAGAUCAGCUGGAUGCCUCCUGGCCAGAACACACCAAAUCCCCAGGGCUUCCAGAGCUUUGCUGAAGGUCCCUUUCUCCACAGGAACUCUUGGUCCUGGCCUCUUGAUGCUGAGCUGUUUAUUUUUGAGCUGAAAGCUGAGGAAUUUCUGACUUUCAGCCCCUGGGGAAGGUUUGCUGAGCAAUAAUGUUCAACUUCAGCUCCAACUUUACCACCUGGAUUUCCUCAGAGCAGAAACCAAGCCCUGGGACAUCCAAAGCUGAAGCCUUCCCCCUAUUCCUACUGUCCCUAAACCAGCUGAUUUGAAAGAAAAAAAACAGACCCUUUUUCCUUAGAUGGAGCAUUUGGGCUCUUCCUUAGUGUCCCCCUCCCAAUGGGAGGGUUUGAAGUGCUGCUUCUUGUGGGAACUUCCCCCUGUGCUUCACUGGGGGAUUGGCCAGAAGGUUUGAAGGUGGUGCCUGGAGCUUUGCUCCCCAAUUCCCAGGCUCCAGGGAGAGCAGAGGAGGUGACACAGUGGCCCCAGGCACAAACCAGGUAAUCUGUGACCCCCCUAAGGUCUCGUUGAGGGGUGAAGAAAUCUGUGAUUUGAAGAGCUGGAUGUGUAGAAACCCCCAAGGGUUUGAAGCAUUUUAAAAAUCCCCUGAUUUGGGUUUUUUUUCAAAAUGCUGAGUGACUCUGCUCAUGUAUCUCUCAGUGAGAGCUGCCAGGUGCUGUUUCCCUCUCCAAAUCAAGUGACAAAGGAAAUGCCACUUCUCCUCCUGACCCUCAAGAAGAGGACAAAGACUUCUGCCAUUGUAAGACACCCAAAGGCACCUGAAGAUUCUUUUUUGGGGGGGGAAAAUAGAAUUGUGGGGUUUCCAAGGAAAUAACCACUGGAUUUACCCUACAGGCUUUUUCCCCAUGUUGCUUCCAAGUCAAUAAUCUCAUUUUUUGUGUUGAAAGAUGAAGUAGCACUUGUCAGGCAGUCAGCAGGCAGGCAGACUUUCUGCCUGGUAAUUUAUUCUAUUUAAUGUUUUGUUUAAAUAUUGGUGGUCUGAUGCAUUUAUUUGUUGUGUUUUGGGUUUUUUUGGGUUGGUUUUUUUUUUGGCAAAUAGUUGAGCUGCUUGUAGCUUGAUUCCUUUCUCUGGUAAGAAGUGUUUCUCCUGGAUAUAUCUUAGCUGCUAAUGAGAAGAGGAGUAAUUAAUGUGUCCUGCUAAGUUCAGCAAUUGAUUUUUUUUUUUUUUUUUGAGUAAUUAUCAGUAAUGCCCUUUAAUUUCUGUGUAAAGUAGUUAAGAAUGAAAUGGGAGGAGGGGAAGAUCAACAGCAGUGAGGUGAUAACAAAAAGAAAUGAGGAUGGAGGUAAGAAAGGGCUGGGGACAGGUUCUGGUGACAAAUGUCCCUGCUCUGUUCAUGUCCAAUCUUUGUGCUUCCUUUAAGCCCCAGAGGUCCCCUGGAUGUGGCUCCAAAUUUCCCCAGUUUUGGUGAAUUUGGUGAAUUUGGGGUUUGUCACCUCUUGGACAUCUUUGUUCCUGCUGUUCAGGAGGGAAACCUGGAGCUGCUUCUUGGGACUGCUGCUUGGCCAAGGUCAGGGGUUGUUGACCUACAGGGUGGUGUUAAAAAUCUCAGUUUUUGGAGCUCUGGACAUGGUUUGGAGCUGUGUGUUUCCUUCUGAUCUGAUUUGAGGGGUUUUUUUGUUGUUGUGAAGCUUCCACCUGUUUCUUAGAAACCAUAAUUUAUUUUAUAAUCUUUUUUUUCUGGGAGGGGGGUAAGAAUUAGUCCUUGGAGAUGCUAUUUGGGGAGGGUAUCUUGGGGGUAGAGACAUUUUGUAGAGCAUUAAACUCAUUUUAUUUAAUCUGACCUAAAUUAAACACUUUUGGGGGUUGUUUUGGGGGUUUUUUUUAAUCUUUUUGUUAAACUCCCACUGCCUUUCUAGGUGCAUUGGUUUGGUUUUUAUUUCUCCUUGGCAUCCAACUGCUGCAGAGCUUCAAAGAGCUGAUCUUUUGGGUCACACUUAUCAUUUAUUUUCUCUUUCCAGAUCAUCAAUAAAUAGAAUUUGCUCAUUUGCACUGACUGGGGGAAACCUGUUGCCAACCACAGCUAGUUUGUAAGCUGGAGGAAGUUUCAGGAUUAGUGUUAAUUACUGGGCCUGCAAUUAAGGAAAGGUAAAAGCUGGGGCUGCAAAAUUGGCUCUGGGGAUGAGGUUUUUCAUGGAGAAACAGGGGUGAGGAUAUUUGGUGGGAAUUAAGGAGAAUUAGGGAGGUUCCACUCUGCUGGCAUUUUCUCUGCUUGCCAAGAGCUUGGGGUAGGGAUGGGUUUUGAGGUUUUGUUGGUGAGAAUUUAAUUGAAAUGCUGGGGAGGAGUUUGAGGAGCUCCAGGUACUUGUAAACUCCAUCAUUUGGUGCUUGUGAUGGCAGGGGGAUGUUUCCUCUGAGUUUAAUGUGAGAAUCUGCAUUAUAAAACAGCAAAAAACACCCCCAAAACCACCCUGUGAGCUUGAAGUUUCAAGCUUAAAGAUUCAUAGGGGACUUGAUCCUCAUGGGGUCCCUUCCAGCCAUGGGUUUAGGACAUGUUUGAAGGUGAACACUCAUCAUUGAGGAGCUUUUUUUUAUUAUUAUUAUUAUUCUUUAUUUUUAUUUUUUUUUUUCCAAGGCUGCCAAAAUAAAUCUUUAAGUUUCACACUUACCUGGAGCAUUCCCCAACUUGGUGGCUUCCUCCUAGAGGUGACAGGAGUGGGAAAGGCUGGAAAAAGGCUGGAAAAAAAGGUGAUGGAGAUGGUCAGAGGUGUUGAGUUGGGGUUGUGACAUGAGACUGCAAGAACUGCUGAGCUUCAAGAGCCCUUCCAGGAGGAGGGACCUUCCCCAGGGCCUUUAAAAGGUUGGAAGACUUCACAAACAACUCAACCAUUGCUCUGCUUUCACCCCUUCCAUGAGGAGGAGAGCAAUCAAGUGGCCAAACCUGGAGAAAAACUCUUCCUGGCUGAAUCCUUGCAGGAAUUAAGAAGGGUUUUUUGCCUUCAGUGUAACCUGGGUCCUUCCUGCUGCCAGGGCUCAGCUCCUGGACAUCAAAUUCCUUUUUAUUUUCUCUCAGUGCCUCAGUCAGAUGGCAAAGGGGAUUAUUUCAUGUCACUGUCACCUUGUGCCAUGCCUGGAAUAAAAACAUGGAAGCUUCCAGGCCUGUGGAGAGGCAAAUGGAGAGCAGAGACUCCCAGUGCUGUUGGGUUUUUUUUAUUAUUAUUUAUUCAUCAAAAGGCUGAAAAAGAAAGUUCUAAUCCACUGAUAUUGUCUGCUAAUACUCCAGUGAUCCUCAUUUGACUGAGGGAACGAGUGGUUGGCUCAUUUCUUAGGAAAUGUCUGAAAGGAAUUGCAGAAGGAGAAGCUUCUUAAAACUAAAAAUGGGGAAAAAAACCCCUAAAACUGUUAAAUGGGACUUCCCCAGUAAUGCAAGAGCAGCAGGGACUCUGCUGCUUCCCAGUUUAACCUCUUGGGGUUCAUGCAGCUUUUUGAACUCCUGAUGAAAGCAUCAGAGCCCAGGCUGAUGAAAAGGUAGAAAAUCCCCUUGGAUAGCUGGGUUGGGUUUUUUUUUUUUUUGUUUUAAUUAUCAUUUUCAGCUUUCAUCUCCCCAGUGCAGGUCCUAAAAUGCUCAGCAGUUCAUUUGGAUGGGGGAAUUUAUCCAGAGGUUUGCUUUUGGUUUUUUUUAACAAAGUAACUUCCUUCCUCUUGUCUCCUUCCUUAGGCUGCCCAGUAAAUCUUUUUCAGGAGAGAAAAUUCCUCUGAAUGAGAGAAAUUCCAGAGCUGAAAAGCUGCAUCUGUCAGCUCAGAGAAAACACCCAAAGUCCCCAUCUUGACUUUAGAUGGAUUUGGGACUUUUGCACCAGGAAGCCUCAUGUUUUGGGGUAUGAAGUGCACUUUUUUUUCCUAAAAAGAAACUUGUAUUAUGUCUGAUUAGUGUCUUAAGAGAUACAAGGGAGAUUCUGCCAAAAAGCUGAGGGGUUUUUUUUCAUUCCUCCUUAAUUAAUACCUGAAAUCCACUUCUGCUCUGGUUUUUAUAGUAGAGAAAACCCCUCCCUGUAGGUAGGAAUGAAAUGUAGGGGGGUGAAACUCUACACACUGCCCUGAAACCAAACUACUUGAGGUUUCCCAGUGCCCCAGCUCCUUAAAUCCCAAAUGUUUACUUGGAUGGAACAGGGAGUGCCUUGUCCUCAGGUCUGGCAGGGGGUGGAAAAAUAGGGUGGUGGGCACUGGGAGCAAGUGCUGGCCUUGUAAACCCCUUUUAUCCUGGGAUGCUCCUCAAAAAGCAAACCCAAACUGAGUUCUUGAGGUUUUUGGACCUGAAAAAGGGGGAAAAAAUGGAUAAUAUUUGCUGCUCUGGUAGUUUGGUUGAAUAAUUCUGGGUUUUCUUGAAGGUUUCUUCAGGCUCUGCACAUUCCAGCAUCACUUUGGGCUCCUCCUUUUGUUAAUUGUGCUGAAAUAAUGAGCUGACUCUGAGCAUCUCAGGUGUUGCUGCUUUUGGCCCCUUCUUGUAGCUACAGUUUUCACUCCAUUUGGGGGCUUUUUGUUUGGUUUUUGGUUGUUUCCUUUUUUUUUUUUUAAUUAUUUUUAUUCUCCACGUGUUCUUGCAGUGCCUUGUAAACCCAACCAACCCCCCCUGUCACCAAAGGGCUGUUGUAAUAAUAAUAAUAAAUAAUAAAAAACAAACCCCAGGAACAUCCUUUCAGCUGGAUUGGGACUUUGUAAACUGAAACCAAAAUUCAAACCCACGUUUCCAAGUCAAAUAAAAAGAGUUGAACUCUGA